GGCCAGGAGCAGCCGCGGCGUCUCCGCUCCGAGGGCGGCGGCCCGGGCCCUGGCUGGCGCAUGCCUGUCUCCGGCCGGAGCGUGAGGCGGGCGGGCGGCUGCGGCAGGCGGCGGUGGAGGGCCCGGGCAGCCGGAGAGCGGCCGGGCGCCCCGCGGGGACGCUGGACAGCCCGGGUUUGGCCGAGGGUGCUGCUGCUCCGCCGCCGCCGGCGGGCAUCAUGGCAUCGCUGGCCGACCGGGUCCGGGGCAACGGGCGCAUCGCCGCGGGGCUCCUGUUCAACUUGCUGGUGUCCAUCUGCAUCGUGUUCCUCAACAAAUGGAUCUAUGUACACCACGGCUUCCCCAACAUGAGCCUGACCCUGGUGCACUUCGUGGUCACCUGGCUGGGCUUAUACAUCUGCCAGAAACUGGACAUCUUUGCCCCGAAAAGUCUGCCGCUCUCCAAGCUCCUCCUCCUGGCCCUCAGCUUCUGUGGCUUUGUGGUCUUCACCAACCUCUCUCUACAGAACAACACCAUAGGCACCUAUCAGCUGGCCAAGGCCAUGACCACGCCGGUGAUCAUAGCCAUCCAGACCUUCUGGUACCAAAAGAGCUUCUCCGUCAGAAUACAGCUCACGCUGAUCCCUAUAACUGUAGGUGUCAUCCUAAAUUCUUACUAUGAUGUGAAGUUUCAUCCCCUUGGAAUGGUGUUCGCUGCCCUCGGUGUGUUAGUUACAUCCCUUUAUCAAGUGUGGGUGGGAGCCAAGCAGCAUGAACUGCAGGUGAAUUCCAUGCAGCUGCUCUACUACCAGGCUCCCAUGUCCUCCGCCAUGCUGCUGGUGGCCGUGCCCUUCUUUGAACCAGUGUUCGGAGAGGGAGGAAUAUUCGGACCCUGGUCAGUUUCUGCUCUGCUUAUGGUACUGCUGUCUGGAGUAAUCGCUUUCAUGGUGAACUUAUCGAUUUAUUGGAUCAUUGGGAACACAUCACCAGUCACCUACAACAUGUUCGGACACUUCAAGUUCUGCAUCACCCUGUGCGGAGGAUACAUUUUAUUUAAGGAUCCACUGUCCUUUAACCAGGGACUCGGCAUCUUAUGCACACUGUUCGGCAUCCUCACCUAUACCCACUUUAAACUCAGCGAACAGGAAGGAAGUAAGAGUAAGCUGGUCCAGCGGCCCUGAGCUUUGGCGGAGAAGAGAAAGCCGCACCAAAAAGAUGGGAAAUGCCUAAAUCACUGGAGAGGCCACCAUGCAGAGUUCACUCAGUGACUUACAAGAAGUAUUGUCUUCACAAAUCUGAAUGUUUUCAGUACCUUUCAUCGACGUAAUUUUCUAAAUUAAAACCAAAAUGGUUGGAGCUUCUCUUCGAAGACUUUAUGAAGCAGGAGCCGUCACUCAGCGGUAGAGUGUCUGCCCAGCAUGUGUAAGGCCCCAGCUCAGACUCCGACACCUUCAAAGAGACAAUACAUACUCCAUAUGAGAUGGUUUCAUUCUGCCAACCAAAAUAUAGGAAGGUUCGGGGCCAUAGGAACAACAAAGGGCUGCAUACUCCAGUGCCGCAGGUAUGCCCCGGCUUGGGGGUCACGCUCUCCCCAGGAAGGGCACAUAGGACUCCUGCCCACUCACCCCCGGUUUCCCACUGUGAGGUUUAUUAUAUGCUAGUCAGUGUAUGCAGUGCAGGAGACUGACCCCAGAGUCUAGCACUUGCCAGACAAACACCACCACUGAGGGACACCCACAGACCUGGAGUCUGGAUUUAAGUGAAAAAGAGUGGUGUAUGUUAGCUUCUUUAUCAUUUGGGCAGAAUGAUGGUGGUUUUGAGACAGGGUCUCACUAUGUAGCCCUGGCUGGUCCGGAAUGUA